UAAGAAUAAUUAAGAAGAGAAAAAGAAAAACCAAGACCCUAAAAAGGUAUUCGGGAAUCGAUGGUGAAAUCAAUGGUGGGAACAAACUGUGGACUGAUAUUCAUGGUCCCUGCGGAUGCAAGGAGUCGUUGGUUUAUGGGUUGAUUGGUAAAGGGGUUAAUUUCAACGAUUUGAAACCACAUAGUAAUAGGAGAUUGGAUGUUCUCCGUCCUUACGUACUAUUCAUAUAGUAAUAUCUUAGCAGAGGCCGAGUCUUGGAUGAGAACAUGGGGGCUUUCAGUGGAAGAUUUGAAAUCGGGAACAACCUUUUAUUCUUUUCUUGAAAACGGAAAAACCAUGGACGGUAAGGAUAUCACCAAGGCGGAGGGUCUGCGUAUGAUUAACCAGAUUAAUCGUGAUAGUAAGAAGAAAGUGGACGAGCUGUUUAAGGAUAGGAAGGAGGGUCAGAGCAGGCUUGACGAGAUUCAUCGUUCGUAUCUGAGGCUGGAGGAGCAGGAGAAGAAGGAAAAGGAGGAGGAUCUUAAGCGUGUCAACCGUAAGCUGAAGCUACCUGGCUUAAGAUAAGUCAGUACCGGCCUCUUUGAUUAUGGUAGCUAGAGAGUUAAACAGCUUUUCAGAUGUCCAGGAGAAUCGACCCCUUCCCUAUUCUGCUUCCGAGCAUGGCUAAUUAAUGCUACUAUUACCAGUGCCAUGGAGGUAGAACAUGCAUGGGGAUAGGUCAGGUGCUGCUGGAAAAUCGGACGUGCAAGGCACACCGUUCUUGCAUGAAUGGAAAUGAUGGCAGCGAUGGAAAGCCUUUUCCAGAUGCUGGUGUUAGUUGGAAUGGAGUUGGUUCAUACGAUACAUCAUUCUCUAUCUCUAAAAUGGAUGCUUCAUUUAUAUUUCUUUUUUGCUAUUGUAAUAAGAAAUGACUUUUGAAAGUGUUUAUUUAAACUUA